AUGACUUCCGUCGCUUCCGUCCAGAUUAACGACACCAAUGUCUUUUAUCGACAGGCAGGCCCCUCGACGGCGUCUGCCCCGACGGUCCUCCUCCUCCACGGCUUUCCGUCCUCGUCGCACCAGUUUCGCAACCUCAUCCCUCUCCUCGCGGCUAAGGGUUACCGCGUGAUCGCCCCAGACCUGCCCGGCUUCGGCUUCACCACCACGCCCUCUCCAUACAAGUAUACAUUUGCCAACCUCGCCGAGACGAUUGACAGCUUCGUCGACGCGCUGAAGCUCACUCGCUUCGCCAUUUACAUCUUCGACUACGGCGCCCCGACGGGCCUCCGCCUCGCCCUUAAGCACCCGGAAAAGGUCGCCGCAAUUGUUAGCCAAAACGGCAACGCCUAUGAGGAAGGCUUUGGCGCCGAGUUCUGGGCUCCGCUGCGCAAGUACUGGGCGUCGGGCGCCAAGGAAGACCGCGAUGCCUUGCGCGGCGCCCUUGAGCUUUCCGUAACCAAGUGGCAGUAUACCGACGGUUCGCCCAACGCUAAUAAGAUACAGCCAGAGGCUUGGACGCUUGACCAGGCGCUCAUGGACCGGCCGGGCAACAAGGACAUCCAGCUAGACCUAUUUUACGACUACCGCAAUAAUGUACCGCUGUACAAGUCGUUUCACGAAUACUUUCGCAGCUCGGGCGUGCCUGUGCUGGCAAUCUGGGGCAAGAACGAUACUAUCUUUGUGGCCCCCGGCGCCGAGGCGUUCAAGAAGGAUGUUAAAAAGCUGGAGGUGAAGCUGAUCGACGCCGGCCACUUUGCCAUCGAGACAAACGAGCAGGAGUUUGCCGACGCGAUUCACGCGUUUUUUGACAAGUUUCAAGUAUUCACUAGCUGA